CAAAAACCCUUUCCUAUCCCUAAAACCCGAGAGGCCGAGACCGAGCGAGAGUAUCUUUUUUUCUCUUCUUUAGGGUAAAAGAAGGACGAAUUUGAAGAAGAAGAAGAAGAGGAUCGAUUCGUUUGAUUCAACGAUGAGCUCUUUCAAUGGAAACAGCAACAUCGACAACCUCCUACUCCAAACCCUACUUGGACGUCUCCAAAUUCGUCCCCCCAACUCCCAUUUCCUCUCUCAAUCCCUAGAUGACCUACUCUUCAAAUCCGACGACAGCGACGGCGAUGAUGACGGAGAAGGACAGACCAGUCUCGACAGAGAAGAAGCUAGGCUCGAGAAAGAGCUAAUCCGAGUCAUCGUCUCCGGUCGAAGCGAUUCUCUUAAGCCGAAUUCAGGACAAGCCGUGACAGUCAACGAACACCACAUCUGCGUUGGGUUUCACGAGGAUGAGGAAUCUGAUUACCGUGUUUGGGAGUGGCAUGGUCAUAUCAUGUUGUUCGAUGAAGAGAAUGGGUACACCCCUGAGUAUAUCUACGGGAAUUACUUCGAGAGGUUGCCUGUGAAGCUUCCUAACCGCCGUGUAGACAAGGAGAAGAAGGAAGUGAAAGAAGAGGAGGUUGAGAAUUUGGGGCUUAGAGAGUUGAUCGAUGUUGGAGACGACGCUGCUCGUGGUAGGAUUCUUCAUAGGAACAACAUCAACAUCGGUUCCUCAAGGGUCUAAGUUCCUAAGAGCGUCGUGGCAGUGAGAGGUCACAUUGUUCGGGAAGAUUUCAGAUGUGUGAAACAACUCGCGACAACAAAACAUAAAGUGCUGGUGGAUUUACGGGUUCUGCUCAGUUCUAUUUAUACCUGGAAAUCCAUUUGGUGAAGCUGUUCUUUUUGAGAAGUUUUAUCUGAAGUUGUUUCUGAACCAAAUUUACAGUACCUGCUAAUGAACAGAGAAAAGAUUACAGAAUCAUGGUCAUCGAACUCCGAAGCUUUUAACGUUUCCCAUGUUUGUCUAUUUUACGUUCUUUGCUUAAAUCAUAUAUUUUGCUCAUAUUCCUCCAA